AUGGCGUGCCCGCUGGUCGACGUGCCGGACGAGAUCCAGAUGCUCAUAGCCCAUGAGCUCGGCGAUGACAACUACGCACUCAUCAACCUCAGCAGAACCUGCACGAGGUACCGGUCGCUGCUUGCUCCGACGGUCUUCCACACGAUCACGCUCAAGAACACGGCCAAGAGCGCUACAUCGGUUCUCACGGUGUCGAAGAGUCAGCAUGCACAAUAUGUCAGGAAAUUGGUGUUUGUAGGGACUUUGGCCAUGUUUGACUUCGUCGCGGAUGAUGGAUUCGAUGGCGAUGACGGUACUUCCCAAGACCCUGCAACGAUGAUCACGAACGCCGAGCGCCUCGAAAAAAUGCUGCCAACCAGGUUUUCAAGAUCCUGGGGAACUAAAUUGCUUUCGAAACCUCUACGCGUUGAGCGUUCGAUUUGA